AUGUGGCUGCCCUGUGCGGGAAGCUCGGGCGUGUGGGAAUUUUUUCCUCCUGAACCUCCAGAUAUAACAGAAGAUGUUUUUGAAGAUUAUUUAACGACAGAUGAUAUGCUUGUGGACUACUUUAACGAAUUCUUGAGUCUUCCAACCUUUGCACAGCCGGUUAAAUUUAAUCCUGAUUUUGGGAUUUUUGAAGUAAUUAAUGACACCCCUCUGCUCCUGGAAAGCCAGCUUAAAAAAAUACUGCAUGCUCAAAAACCUCCAAAUCCCAUUUACAAUGUUACAAGGAAGGCAAAGAAUGAUGGGCAGUUCUCCAAAAAGAGCAGUGCUUCUUCAGACCCAAAUAUUAACCCAAAUUACAGGAUUAUGUGCCUUGAUCGAGAGCAGGGAAUUCAGUGGAUUAAGAAAGAAAGACUUCCAGCAUUUCUAGAAAGUGAUUGUUACUUUGAAUACAGGUUAGCUAAACUGAUAUCGCAAGUAGAAUGGAGCAGUACUGGUAUUAACUUCAUUAUAGAUACAGCAUAUUAUCCCUGGAUUGUGAAAAGAGAACCAAAUCCUCCUCUCCCUGAGGAAGAUGAAGACGAAUUAAUUAUGAGAAAGUUCUAUGUCUCACUUGGCCAGGCUACAGUUACUCAGACGAAGGACUGGUUUGCACUAGCAAAACAAAGCCAGCAUGUAACAUCUACAGAUUCAGUUAGUUGUCCUUUAGUUUCUUCUCAAAUUCAAGGUGCAGACCACUGGUCUACAAACGACCAGAGAACUGUUUCAUUCACUGAGAACGUUGGCCACCGAGAUUCCGUUUCUGGUCAUGGUGCACACAGCCUUUUUGCUCAGCUGAACAGAACCGACUUACACAGUGAUAGUAGUAGCAGUCUAGGAGCAGAUUCCCUGGGUGAUGAAUAUGUACAAAGAAGUCUCCCCCUCCCUCGGAGGAUGACAGCUGUAAAAGUUAGCAAUGUGAGUGGGAGAUCCACAAAUAAAAAGGAGGAAUCUUCUGUGUCCAUUGCUGAAACGCCUUCUUGUACUCAGUUAAGAGUGUAUCUAGACCAGAAAUGGGAGAGUGAAACAGAGAAAGAAAGUAGUCAGGAAACAGCAAUUUUUCAAACACUGGAAGAGUUUACAUCAGCUUAUAUUCAAUAUAUAGUGAGGGAAUCGGUCUCCAAGCUGACUGGACAACCAGCUGCUAAGAGCAAGAGCGAUGUGAACUUCAGUAAAUUGUCUAAAGUCUUUAUAGAUGAGGUAGCAAAUAAAAAACUUUCUGUUGCUGCCGGAGAACAACUGUCUUCCCAAAUUAUCACUCCAUUCAAAGAGUUGGACCCCAGUGGAGAUGAAAUAGAACAGCGGAGUGAAGAAGUUAGUUUAAGUUCAAGUUCUGAAACUGAUGGCACAGACAUUAGGGCUGCCUGGUGUAUUAGUCACCAAACUUAUGAUAUUGGCAACAGAAAUGAAUUUGAAAGAUUCAAGAAGUUCAUUAAAGGAACUUUGGGGGAGAAGUACUGGUGGCUCUGGAUGGACAUUGAAAGACUGAAGGUCCUUAAGGACACCAGAAGGCAGCAAAGACAGCUUGAUAAAAUGAAAAAAAUCUAUCUAGUAAGCAGUGGAGAUUAUUUCCUUAAUUCACAAGUCUUAUUCAGACUGGAUCUACUCCAUGGAGAUCAGUGGAAUAUAAGGCAUUUAAGAGGGAUUCAGCCAGAAGUAGUGAAACCUUUACUUCUUUACUGGGGCCCUAGAUUUUGUGUCACUCAUUCAUCUAAAAUACGAAGUGCUAGUGCAAAGCUGAAGCUGUGGCACAUGUGUCAAGAAAGACCAAGGAUGGAUAUUGAUCCUUUCCCACAAAUGGUGACAUUGUUGCCACUAAGAGCCAAAUCUUGCAUGCCAAGAAUAGCAUCUUCCCAUCCUCAGUGGAGACACUAUUAUAUUACAAAUACAUCUUGGACUCCUGAUGUUGGAGUCCUAGAAAGUAAAACCAGCUCACCAACCCCAUUAUUAAAACCUAUGAUGGAUUUAUCUUCCAAGAGACCUAUAAGGUUAUUGUCAGCUACUUUGCCACUGAGCCAUAGCACUGCAAGUGAUGAUUCCAAUACCUCCACUGCUAAAUAUGAUAUUGAUGGAAAGCGGCCAAAAUCGGUGACUGACAUGAUUCAUGGAUCUGAUUUUACCUAUAAUAGUGAAGAUGUCAAGCUUCCAGGAGAUAGAAAAUAUACAUAUGCUGAGGUGCUUCCAGGUAAAAGACCCACAGAUAGCAUGGUCCUAGGGGGAUUUAAAAUGGAAAGCAUGCUGCAGUCACUUUAUGUGGAGAACAAAGCAGGCUACUUCUUCACACGCUUCUGUGAGAAGUCAGGGAAUAAGCUGUGGAAGAACAGUACGUACUUUUGGUUUGACCUACAGACUUAUCAUCAACAUUUCUACCAAGAAACCCUUCAUCCCUUUAAAAUAUGCAAGCAAGCUCAAUUUCUUUAUGCUACUUACAUUGCUCCUUCUGCCAGUAUGGACAUUGGACUACAGCAAAAUAAGAAAUAUGAGAUCUAUCAGAAAAUGGAACCACCUUUUGAGGAUCUUUUUGACUCAGCAGAAGAAUAUGUCCUCACUCUUCUGCUGGAACCAUGGAUGAAGAUGGUGGAAGUAGAUAAAUGCAUUUAUGAAGAGGUGGAGCUGGUAGAAGAAACUCGACAGCUGGAUUCAGUGUACUUUAGAAAGUUGCAGGCUUUGCAUCAAGAGAGUGUUUCCAAAAAGGAUGAGGGUGCUGUUCCUGAAGCCAGUCUUUUACCGGGUCCUGACAUUCUCAAAGAAGCGCAGCUUUUGAGCCAAGUCCCUGAUGAGCGCACGGGUUCUACCCUUCGUGACCUGCUCCACAAUAAACUGAAGUUGGAACAGUUCCACCUCUUCCUUGAAGAACACUUUGCAAUUAUGGAUCUUUUGUGCUGGAUAGAUAUUGAACAGUUCAGAAGGAUGCUCCACAAGGAAAAAGGAAAGCGAGAGGAAAAAUCUAAAGACAUUAAAAAUAAGUACUUAAAUAAAAAAUACUUCUUUGGACCCAAUAGUCCAGCUACGAGAGAACAACAAGAGCAGCUAAUGCAGUUAGGUGGAGGCUGGGGACAGAUUCUUCAUGAUCAAGUUUCCUCAUCGGUUCUCCUUGAAAUUCAGAAAUAUGUCCAGAUGAGGCUAGAAAAAAAAUGGCUUCCAUUGUUCCUGUCAAAUGAACAAACUGGGACCUACAAAAAAACAAAGAUAAGGGACAUAGCUGAAGAUCUCCUAAUCCAGAGAAAUGAGAAGAGGAAUGGGGCCUGGAAGCAUGUGGACAAUAAGUGGGUUUCUUCAUCUCGGGAAAUAAUUACUUUUCGUAAAGCGCUGUUGAAUCCAGUAACAGCAUUUCAGUUUCAGCGCUUUGUGUCUUUGAAAGGAGACUUACUGGGGAAUGGAGUGCUCUUCUGGCAAGAGGUUCAGAAAUACAAGGACAUGUGCCAUUCUCACUGUGGUGAUGUUACCAUCCAGAAUAAGAUCACAGCUAUCAUCAACUGCUUUAUUAAUUCUUCCAUCCCUCCAGCUCUACAAAUUGACAUUCCAGUUGAGCAAGCUCAAAAGAUUAUAGAGCACAGGAGAGAACUUGGGCCUUAUGUGUUCAGAGAGGCACAGAUGACUAUUUUUGCUCUUCUGUUUAAAUUUUGGCCAAAAUUCUGUGAGUUUCGAAGCAGUUUGGCUGAUGAAAAAAUUUUGCCUGUGUUGGAGAGGAAAAAGGAAAAGAAAGUGGAAAAAGGGAAAAGAAAAUCAGCAGAAGAACAACUCACCAAGACUCAGCAAGGGGAAAAGGUUGUCAGUAUAGCAAGCAGUGUUUCUGGAGAAGAAUGGGGUGUGGGCAGAAGAACACCUUCAUCUGCAUCUACAUCAGCAUCUGCACGGCAGGUUUCCUGGUCUUAUUCCAAGUACAUAGAAGCCCUCGAGCAGGAGCGAGUACUCCUUAAAAUGCAAGAAGAUCUGGAGAGAAAGACAUCAUCAUUUUUGACAGCUGCCUCAUCUAUGUCAUUUAUGAAGCCAAACCGCCAAGCAAGCUCAGAAAAAUCUUCCAUUUCGCCAUCCUCUAGUUUGAUUUUGGAGAAACAGUCAAAUAUUUCCAAAGACACAGAAAGAGGAUUUAAAACCUAUGUGAAGGAUGGAACGCAGAGACAAUGAAUUAUGGUGGCCUUAGGGUGAGUUAGCAGUUGAAGUAAAUCAUGUGCAGCUUGGUUUGCGGUCAGAUUUUCAGAACAUAGAUAAUCCACCUAUAAGGGCCAACAGAUGGUAGAGUCACUGGUCAAAAACACAGGCUCUGUGGCAAUGUGAUGCUGCUGUUGCUAUGGUUUUUUUAAAUUAUGGUAGUGCAUGGUACACACAGGCCCCAAUCAGGGUUGAGCCAACUGUGGUAGGUGCUGUACAAACACCUGGGUCAAGUUGAUCCUUACCCCAUAGCUGUUAUAGUCGCAUUCAGUUCUUUAGGGCUGAGCUAAUAAGUGUUACACUAUCUUAGGUCUAGUCUACAGGACAGUGAACUCCAGCUCUGCCUUCACAACUCUGAAUGUGUCCACGCCUAAAGCUCAUCUGCAGCUGCCAACAGAGUUACUUCUCCUCGGCUAAAUAGAAUAAGGCUUCUGCCAGUUGCCCUGAUCCUUUCCCAGGGUACAUUUUAUGCUGUGGUAGCACAGCUGCUUGGUGGAGCUGCCAAAAACAUCUGUGUGUGCAUGCACUCUGGUACCUUGGCAGUAGUGACUGCUAUCCACAGCCAGACAUUUCUGAGGUAUCAAAACACAAACCCCUAGUACUACUUUGGUCUUGAACUCAAGCCCAUGCCUAAAUCCAGUCUGGAUUCUGAUCUGAAGGACCUUCUGCCCCAUACCAAUUUUGUUUUGGCUGUGGUCUCAAGCAGUGUUUAAAAGGCCCCCGAGUAGCAGGCCUGGGAAAUAAUAUUUCUGAAAAGUGAGUGGAAUCCCUAGGCAGAGAAAACUGCAGGAGAAGCCCCCAUGACUGCCC